AGUGGGAGGAAAGGAGGGAAGGAAAGGAGGGGAAUUCGUGUGGUUUUCCCCCAGAAGAUCUCGUUUCCCCCCAGAUCACGAGCGCCUUCGACAUGGAGGCGGUGACGUUCAAGAAGCUGGUGAAGGGCCACGCGUAUUCGGUGACGGGAGCCAAGCAGAUCAGCUACCGGGGGCAGUCGCUGGGGCUGAUCCGUAUGCGGAACCCGUGGGGGGAAGUGGAAUGGACUGGAGCCUGGAGUGAUAACUCCUCCGAGUGGAACGCGGUGGAGCCGGCGCUGAGGCAGCAGCUGAUGGUGAGAAUGGAGGAUGGGGAGUUCUGGUGAGUGGGGGAAAACAAAAGCAAAACCCUUC